GGCCGCUUUCAGAUGAAUUACUUUUGCUCCUGGGGCUUGUGAUUCUGCAGGGGAAAGGUAGAUUAAUGGUUAGAUCUGCAAAAAUACACAUCUGUCGUGCAAUGCGGAAUGUUGCGGUAAAGAGGAAAUAGAUUCUAAGCAUCAUUCUUCUGGAAACGAAGCAACGUGCCGCUAGCCGUCAUGUCCAAACCUCCUAACAAAAAGUUGAACAAACUGAAUUUGACUAUAGCCCCAUCCACUACAGUCCCUGAUCCAGUAUUACCGUAAGUAUAUGCUCGAUUUUUAUCAUUUUGUUCUCGUUCCGAGGUCAAAUUCCUCCACCUCUGUCUUUUUGUUCAUUUGUACAUGUCGUGUACGAAAUGAGGUUUGUGCUUUCGUCCUUUUCUGCUCUGCAGUAACGAUGCUGCCGGCAUCGGCUCGCAAAAAGUGGAGGAGAUACGAAAGAAAUUCGACGAACUGAACUUGGAUUCCUUACAGCGCGAGAGGCUGGAGGCGUUUCUAGCUGAAAAGAGGAAAAUUGGGGAAUUGAACGCAGAGGAUUUUGAGAAAUUGGCUGAAUUAGGCGCAGGAAAUGGUGGCGUCGUUACAAAGGUUUUGCACAAGCCGAGCGGUCUGAUAAUGGCUCGAAAGGUAAGCGAGUGAUCAAGAGUAUUUGGAACCCAAUUUAAUUCCCAGCCGUGUCUAUUUUCAAUUUAACCCGUUUGCUUUGCAAAUCGUUUUCCACAUAUCGGUCAGGAAUACAUUCUCUUGUCAUUCCAAGCGGUUUCUGCUCUCUGUCGCACCUAUUUCUGAGGAGUCUAUGACCUUCAGGAAUUUCUGUGCUAUUUUUGACCAUUUUUCUAAGUAACUCGUGUUUCUUUUCAUGUGCAGCUAAUUCACUUGGAAAUCAAACCAGCUAUAAGGAACCAGAUCAUCAGAGAACUCAAGGUUUUACACGAUUGCAACUCCCCCUACAUCGUUGGAUUUUAUGGGGCCUUUUACAGUGAUGGAGAAAUCUCUAUUUGUAUGGAACACAUGGUACGUUAAAAGAUUCGUGCAUUCGCGAAUGUAAUGAUCAUUGUUGUUUAUUGUGUACUUCCCCAUUGGAAAACAUUGAGAAUCUACGCUUGAACUAGCAACAUAUUCGUCGAUUCGAAAUUAUGUAAAAGCCGAAAUGCUUUCUCGGAAUGGGAACUGAUGUAUUAAUAAUUCACCGGUCGUUUGGCCCACGUAGAACGCGAGCAGUAUUAGCAACAGCUCGCGGAUUUUCACCUAGCGGUACAAAAUGGGCUGGAUGUUGAGCGCUCGUCUGUACCAUUUAUGAAUAGGUCGAGUUUUCAAAGUCAAGGUAAAGAAAGCGUGGCUCGAUGCGUUCAUUAGGAGCUUCUUACGUUGAUAAGUUUACUUUUCGUCUCGAGGUCUGUCAGUUGAGGAUAACAGGCACUCUAAACCAUAGUUGAUGGCGGCUUUUCGAUCGAUCUUGUAUUUAUGCUUUGCGCUGUUCUGCAAAAUGCAAAUAGGAUCAGUUCAGUUAUCGCCUGGGCCACUCAGAAAGCAAAUUAAAGCGUUUUUUUUAUCUUUUAUAUUUUUGGAGAUAAAUCGCUACUUCUGCAGCAUUUAAUUAUCCCUCAAAGUAGCUGAAUUCAAUUUAAUUUGGAACAUCAAGAAUUUCCCUUGCAGGAACAUGACCCUGCAAACAUGGUUAUUUCUUUAUUGAUUAAAUUAUUCGUUUUGGUUUGGCUUUCGCAAACCAAAUUCUUUCCAGGACUGGAAUUAUUUUAGUGCGCGCAACAGUAUCUUGUUUUCACUCUAACAUUGUUUAUUAUCAUUGUGAUCAAGCACUGCACAGUUGUGUUUUCUGGGCAGGAUUGGUUUGCAUUUUAGCUCUCCAACUCUCUCACCUGCAAACAGACUGAUUUGCAUAUUUAAAUACUGUUUUGUCUUCUUCUCGAAAUUACACACUUCAGGCUUAAAUUUUUCUGAUUAGUAAAUUGCACAGUUGAAAAUUACCUUGUGCUAAUGUCAAGUGCGUGUCAUAAUUCUGAGGAUUUAGGCAGAGGAUCUGAUCCCUUUUAAAUUUUUUUGUUGUUUGUGUUUCUCAUGAUGCCCAGAUUGGGUGGCUAUUAGUUGGGUAACAUUUGAAAAAAGUGGAUCUCAUCUUAGCAAACACAUAUUUGUGGUUGUUUGUUUAUUGGUGUCAAGUUGUUGACUAUCCUCUGAAAACAAGAUACAGCUGGUAACCACUGAGUUAAGAAUUUUUUUUUGUGGGAACAAAAAACCUUUGUAACUUAUUACUGGACAACAAAAUAAUUUUUUUCAAGAAAAACUAAGGUUAAGCUGCUUUUAGACAGACCAAAUGAAAAGGUGUAUUAGUAUGGUCUAACCAUGACAUAUUAUUCAGACAAGCCUUUGUUUGGUACAAUCAUGUCUUUGCUUUAGUGGAGGUGUGGGUUCAUCAAUUUUCAAUUGAUCUUUUCCAGUCAAGAACAAGAAAAUCUAACUUUCAGUGUAGACUGCAAGUUGCCCUUUCCAUUCUUAUGGAGGGUAUUGAAAAGAUGGAAGGCAUUUCUUAACUGCCUAGGAAAUUAUUGUAUAGAUAAGCUCACUUUUUCAGUUUGUAUCUGUAGCAUACUUCAGCUUUGAAAAAUAUCCCAACUUGAGUUCAAGGUCAACAUAACUUAUCAGCAGUUAAAGAGUAAAGGGAAGAUGCCCAUAUGGUUGGUUUGAGCUAUAACCAGAAGGCAGAAAGUGACCUACUUUGCCUAGCAAUCAGUUAACAUUUUGGCAUAUAAGAUUGUCUGGCAUCUAAUUUCUCAUUUAAGAGUCUAUUCAUUUUAACCCUUUUUGAUUCCCAGAAGUGACCAAGGCCUACUUUCUCUUUACAAUAUCAAUACAAUGUCUAGCCAACAAAGUGUGAGAAUUUAGAAAAAUAUCAAUUAGGGGAUUAUCAUUUGAUUCAAACCUAAAUUUUCAGAAACUAAAAUUAUAAGCAAUGUACACUAGUCAGUGUGGAAAAUUAAGAAAGAAAUCUGGGUGGUAAGAGGUUUAAAGCUGAAAGGCAAUGAGUGGAAAACAUAUUAACUAGCAGUAUUAUUUGAUUUAAUAUCAAAUUCUUGGAGCAAAAAUUUUAAGAAAGGUAUGGUAGAUAGAGCCAAGAACUAAUAUUUAUCUCUUGGAAGUGAAAGUUUUAAUGAGGUGAAAUAAUUAUCUUAUUGAUCUCAUAUUCAGGAUGGUGGUUCCCUGGAUCAAAUAUUGAAAAAGGCUGAUCUAGUACCUGAGGAUAUUUUGGGAGUUAUCACAAUUGCUGUAAGAACUAGCUGAUAUAUUAUAUAUAUUAUACAUAGCAGAUAGUAGGGCAAUUGACCAUUUGUAGUCCAGGAUUAAUGUACGUAGUAUUACCUCUAGGAUAAGCAAAAACUUGAAUUUUGAGAAAGGGGAAGUUUAUGGUCAAAACUGUGCUGCAGCCAUCAAGCUGAAAAAGAAAAAAAAAUGUAAAAUCCAGCUUCAUGUAUGGGGCUGGAUUGAAAUUUCGGGUUAUCUUGGACUGUGCAGAAAGAGCAAGGAAAGCCACAUGCACAUAAGGGAAUCCUUUUUUCUGUGGAAUGUUAGACAUGUUUCUCUCUAUGUAUUGUAUUUGUCUGGCUAUUAAUUUCUGUUCAAACAAGACUUUGCAUACGCAGGGCUCCAAGAUUAAUUUCUGGGUUGUGAAAUAUGUUUCUUACCCAGGUGUCAGUUGUAUAAAAAUUGUUCUCUUACAGGUUUUAAAAGGCUUAAGCUACCUUAGAGAAAACCACAGUAUUAUACACAGAGGUAGGUAUUAUAACCAUGGUAAAUUGUUAUUGGUGCAAAAUUGCAUGUUCCAUCCAGAAGGUAACAUCCUCUUACUAAUGAGUGCUGUAGUUUACAUCUAUUUAAUAAUAUAAUUACAUAAGAUAGGCAGAUAAUUAACAUUUGAUUGAUUUUGUUACUACUUAUUAAGAGUGCAAUGGAUUUAUUACCAUACUGCAAGUUUUUUUCGGUGAUGAGGUUGAAUGAUUAUGCUUUACUACUUUUGAGCAGGAUUGUUUGAUGCUUCUACUACAUUCAGUCAAACCUGUAUUAAGCAGCACCAUAUUAAGCAAUCACUCUGUAUUAAGCUGUUGGUAGUUUAAGUCCCAAAAUCUUUUCCCAUGAAUUGCUGUAAUUUUCACCUCAAGCCUGAAAUACAGACAGGCCCAACAGCCUGUUUGAACAGUCAUUUAAAGUGGAACCACACAAAUGAAACUCAGAGUAAUCUUUCAAGUCAUCUCAUUCAUUCUCUGUUUAUCUUCCAAAAUCAAUGUUAGCACCUUGAGUUAAAAUGUCCAAAGUGUAUUGAAAAUUAUCUUCUUUGGAUUCUUAGGAAAAAUAUUAUGUACGAACAUCAUGUGAGUCAUUUGCUGGUCAACCUUUAUUAAAUAGUCACCCCAAUGGGCAGCCAUUCAACUCAUUUCUUGACAAAGAUGUGAAUCAAAGCAGUUGAAAUAUUGCAUGCCUUCCAUGAUAGCUUUCCCUUCGUUAUUGAUAGUGAUCCAAAGUUGUGAGACAAUCGAUUAAAUAAAUUUAGUUAUCAUUUUUACAACUAGAUAGUUUCACAUACUUGUGAGCUCUCUCUGUCCACAUCUUAAUCUCCUACUAACUGUAACGUUUAGGGGUGUCAGUGAGUCAUGAAGUAGAGGGCAAAAACCGUAAAGUAGAUGGCAAAUUUCAUAAUUACCAGCUCUUAUUGAAACUUCUGAACAUGUGCGAUUGCUGCCUUUAAAAGCUGAAAUCAUUGGAAUGUAUGAAACCCAAUUUUUAACAUUAUUUACCUAAUGUGAUUUACCUAUCAUAGUGGAACCAUAUUCUUGCCUCCUAACAAAUUUAGGCAUGUUCGUCAAAUUCAAUUGUGUAAUCUGGUAAAUUUGUGGAAUACUCCAACUUCAUAAACUUGUUCAAAGUAGUGUGAUCAUCACAACAAGUGUUCCUUUUUGUUAAUCAGAUGUGAAGCCCUCAAAUAUUUUAGUAAACUCCCGCGGUGAAAUCAAGCUCUGUGACUUUGGAGUUAGUGGACAGUUAAUUGACUCAAUGGCAAAUUCUUUUGUUGGCACACGAUCUUACAUGUCGGUAAGGAGAAUAUGUUGAUAAGUGAAUGGUAGUUUUGGUAUUAUGUACUAAAAGAAAUUACAUGUUUCUAACCUUUAUACCUCCUUGGAAUGACCAAUGAGUAAUUUCUCCUUACCAUAUCAAUAGCAUUUCAACCAAAGAGGUGACAAGGAGAGAGAAAAUAUCAUUUGGGGAUAUUGUUUGAUUCAAGGCCAAAUUCUUAUAGCUAGAAUUAUGAUAAGUGUAUAGCACACUGUUAGGUGAAUUGACAGUGAGAUUUUGGGAGUGAAAGGGUUAAAAUGUGACAGUUAAAAUCCAACAUGGAAGCUAAGAAAACAAGAAAACAAUCCACAGACAAUUUAAACUGAGGUGGAAAAUGCAUGAUAAGGAAGGCUUAAAGAUGUUUCUGAUACUUGAAAGGAGAUACAUGGUACAUGUAUGUCAUUCAUAGUUUGAUUAAGUUCUGUAACCUAGAAAAUUUCCUUUUAAUCAAAUAAACCUUAGAGAUUAUUUUGUCCAAGUGCAUGAACUCUGAAAAGUAAGAAUAAGCCAUGAAAAGAGAAAUUAAGAUACAGAAGAUUCACCUUAUUUGCAAUUAAUCUUUGACAUUUUACAUUCUCAGCCUGAAAGACUUCAAGGAGCUAACUACACAGUUCAAUCUGACAUUUGGAGUUUUGGAUUAUCAUUGAUUGAGAUGGCAAUUGGAAGGUAUCCAAUUCCACCACCUGAAGAAAACCAAAAAAGCACAAGUCCAUCACAUCUAAAGAGAAUACCUCCAGGAACAAGGCCACCUAGUGGUGUGAGCAAUGAUGCAAGGCCAAUGGCAAUAUUUGAAUUACUGGACUAUAUUGUGAAUGAGGUGAUGCCAAAAGUCUUAACAGUAAACUGAUGAAAGUCGCGUGAAUCAAUUUUUAAGGAAUUUAUCUUGCAAGUUAGUUAGAGGAUGUGCAUAAAAUUUGUGUAAACAGAGUAAGCAAGUUGAAUUGCUUUUCUUCCCUCCAUUGUUCUGACUAACCAAAUGUUUGAGUAACAUAUUGGUUGAUCAGUUUGAUCUCCUAAUAAUAUCUUUGGAGAAGUGUGCAUUUCUGUGUUGAUGUAAAGUUUGCAGCAAGUUCAGGAUUGCUGCAUUGUGUAUUCAUCUCCUUUACUGCUGGGAAAAUCUUUGUAGAAACUAUGGUAUAUUAUUGAAGAAUGGUAUAUUAUUGUCACUGAAGUUAUACAUUUUUGUUCUUUAUUGGAUAGCCUCCUCCCCAGCUACCACCAGAGCAAUUUUCAGAAGAGUUUUGUGAGUUUGUCAACAAAUGGUAGGCAAUGUUUCCCACACUCUUCCAUAUGAUGGUUAUGAAUGAUAGUUAUUGUCAAACUUGGACAUAAAUGUGUAGGGGAGUAAGUUGUGGUAUAUCCAGAUGCACUGGAGAUCAGGACAUUCUAGAAAACAGCUAAAUCUCACAGUAAUCUAUUUCAAUCUGUUUCAGUCUUGUUAAGAAUCCUUCAGAAAGAGCUAACCUCAAAGUGUUAAUGGUAAGUUCUGUAAAAUUUCUCAUACGAGUUGUUGUGGUUUAUCUGAGUAAGUUGUCUGUUGGCUGGGGUCAGUGUUUUUCAUGCAUUGCACACACACAACACUGAUGCUAUGGAAAACAUUUAUCUUAAAAUAAACUUGGAAUUUUUCUUAGGGAUUUUACAAUAGCAUCAUGAUUUUACCUUUUGAAAUGGCAGCAAACCUCACCUUCAGUAUGGCAUGUAAAGGCAGCAUUGAGUUCCAAACAGAAAAGUGAAUAAUUCAUGGCCUGUAUGAGGGGUAACAGGUGAUGGGUGAGCAUCCUAUCCAGAGAUUGGGCUUAUAAGGCAGAUUUGUGGUUACACAAUUUUACUGUAGAACAUUUUGCCAAAGAAGGGAACAACCUAGAAACAUAAACUUCCCCCUCUACAUUUGAAACUCUGCUGGGUCUUUCAUCUAACCAGUUACUUUGCCCAAAUAUGAAACUGAAGGACUUAACCCUUUAUGCCCCAAAAUCAGUAUACACUUUCUCCAUGGUGCUCUCUAUACAUUUCCUAUAGUACUGAGAAAAUUUAUUUAACAAUCAAGAACCUCUCAAGUUGGUUAUUAUUUCUUUUAUCAUCAUGACCUUACUGUUUGCCUCAAGAGUGAUACAGUGGAGUGAAACUGGAUGCUAGUCACUCUUAGAGAUUAAAGGAUUAAGGCUACUUUAUUUUUAAAAAGGUGGAAAACCAAAAGUGUCACUAAUAGCCCCAUCCAGAAAUUUAUGUGUUAUACUUUUUACCAGUACUGUUUAUGAGAUUAGCUGUAAGUUGGACAAAGGUAGCUUUCUUUUUGACUCUGGUGCUGGUGAGAUAUUUGGUGGUUGAGUGAUGUGUUGUUUUGUUCAUGUUGAGUGGAGUCUACAUUGGUUUUAAAAUGGGACUGAUUUCCAGAAUAAAAGAGGGUUGUCUCAAAGCAAAAUCAUCUAGUUGAAAAAGCCUUAAAGACCACUGCUCUUUUACUCUGUCUUAUUCUUCCAGGAUCAUGUCUUCAUCAAGAUAUCUGAGUCAAAAAAGGUGGAUUUUGCUGGCUGGGUUUGUUCAGUUGCUGGUCUAUAGCAAGUGACUGGUUGCAAUACCUACUGAUGAAAAUGAAAUGAAUUGGAGUAUUGGCACAAAACAAGCUUAGUACUCAUAUUUAACUUGCAUCAAGAAAAUGACGGAUUACAUGAAAAGGUCUUAUAUGCAUUGGAAUCUAUUAAUUGUGGUGUGUAUUGGAUUCAGAGCAGUGAAAAACUGCCCUAGUUUGGGAGGGAAUGUAAACAAGUUGCAGACUCUUGGGGUGCAAACAAUUAUCAGAGUUCUUCAGGUAUAGAGAUUUCCACUACCCUGUAACUGGAUGCUUUUGCAUUGCAACAGUGCUGUUUACCAGGGAGUGCUGGGGAACUAAAUGAAGAUCUCAAAAUCCUAGAUAAGGCAAUGAUAGGAUGGGACCAAGAGGGGUGGAGUUGGGCUAGGUGUUACAUGUCCCCAGUCACCCCAUCCUAUCAGUCAUAACUCUAGUUGCAUGAAAAAUAAGUGGAUUUCUUUCUAAUAAUGUGAUUAUUGUAUAUUAUUAGCUUUUUGGUGUAUGCUGUAAUUUCUUACUUUAGUUUUAUUGAGGUACUAUUCAAGGGUCACAUUUAAAUUGUUAAAAAAAAGAAAAAAGGAUGUAAAAUCCUAAUUGUAACCUCCCCCCUUAAGAGGUAUUCCUUGAUAGGCGUUCUCAUUUGUAAGUACACCUACGUUCUUACCCCCUUAGUCUACAUGCUCCCUCAAUUAGAUCACAUUUGCACAAUAGUUAGAACAAAUCGAGAAUGGAGCAAGAUUUUUCAUCAAAUUCUUCUCACCCAGUACUCCAAAAUGUGCAGAGCUGUGAUUAACUAUGUGAAGAACUGAGAAGGAAUUCUCAAUUUUUUUUCCCUAUUUUCUAGUCACAAGAAAUUCUUUUUUUUUUUAAAUUACAGAUUUCUUUAAUUUGGCCAGAUUCAAAAGGUUGAUUGAUUUUUCACUCACUCAAGUCUUAGAGUGGAAAAAUUACUCCCUAGAAGUGAGCUUACUUUAAAGGCCCUCAAAUAUUGUAUAAGCUCGGAGAUAAUUAAAAAGGAUGUUACAAGAAUGACUGUCGUAGGAAUCAGAUAUGACAGUUGCUGUACUAAAGCAUAAAUUACUUUUUUUUUUGCAUCGUCGUGGAGGAUAUAAUAGUCGUCACAUAAUAGGGAGACUUUUCAGAAACAUAGCUAUUGGUACAAAUGCAUGCACAUGCAGAGUUUCAAUCUACACCUGACUCUUUUCAAAGAGGUUGGGAAGAAGUGCUCGAGUCCCACGUUCUUGAGAGAACAGGGGCCUGUUUCUAGAGAGAGGAAGUCUCUUUAUGACCCCGAAAAAGCAGUUCUUUUAUUUUUCUCCUUCGUUCAAUUUGACAGUUGAAAAGCAAACGGGAAAUUUCUGGAUAGGAAACAAAAUGAAAUGUUUAAAUCUUUUUUAGCUAAAGCCUUGACUAUUUUCCUUACAUUUGAAUUGCAAGAUAUUACUUUGGGUCUGUAUAAUUACCUUUCCACGUGACGCCAACAUUCUGUGAUGGAGCACUUUAAUGAGAGCAUUUGGUGGUUUAGUCAACUGUAGAUACAUUGAGUUUGCAUGCUUCGGUAAAUGAGAUAUAAAUGUAACUCCCUGUAAACGAGGAGACAUAAUAACUAUUGAAAUUUCUUAAAUUUUUGUUUAUUCUGACAUCUUUAUAUUGCAUUUGUUGGACUUUUUUUACUGCUUGCUCUGAACUUAAUUAAUUUAAUUUUACAUUGUCACGAUUUCGAACGUCUAAACUUACCAAUUUGCGACCUUGCCCCAAAAUAUAGCCAAGAUCAUGGGGAAUGAUGUCUGUGAUUUAGGUUAUCAUUUUAUGUUGUUCAUUAUUAGUUCUCAAGUUCAAAACUGCAGAAGAUAUUCUUUAGAGAGCCAAACUUCAGGGGACAAUCAAUGAUGUUUUUUCUACAGAAAUGAAAACUCGAGGACAGUGUGGAGUUAUUUCUCGUUUAACUUUGGGCAAACCUUUACGUUCUGUUACCUUCGACUGAUAUUUCUUUUUAAUGAUGCGAAGGUUCAAAACUUGUUACCCCUUUCAAAAUUUUCACAAAUGUUUAAAGUAUGAUAUUUUUUUGCUAGGAGUGAAUUUUGGUUCAUAACAACGACACAGAAAUGGCUUUCAGCCAUUAUACUAAAAGUAGGCCGACUGUCGACUGAGAUGAAGCAAAAAACAAAUUCAGUGGAUGAGGUCCAUUGAAGAGGACUGGUUGCUUGGUUGAAAAGCAAGUGAAUUGUACCCUGUCAGUAUUGCCUCUAAAUGCCCCUUGAUUCCUGGGCUGAAACAUUGGCUGCUCAAUGCUGCGACAAUUUGUGAUUGCAUAUUUUUUGAAACGUAAACUUUCGGCGUUUGGUGAGAUAAAUGUUUUAGUAGGAAUGAUCAGUUGAACUGAGAGUGCUUGCAAGAAACCCUGGCGGAGAGGCGAAUAGACUUUCCAAUAGCCUGAACAGUAAACAUCAAAUCUGGUAUUUACAGUUCAUGAUCAAUUGGCCACAAAUUGAGUUCUAGUAACGCUAGUAAGGGAUUCUGUAAGUACUUAAACCUGAUGUCUAUCGGUUCCUUAAUAAUCCGCCUCAAUUAGUUCAAAGGUUCUGAGACAGUGAUCUUUUCAAACAGCCUGAGAGAUCAGUGCCUAUAAUAAGCUAAUCCUUAUGAUACUGGAGGAUUGAAAAUUCAUCUCAGAGCUUGUAUUGUACUUCUACCAAGCGUUUGUAGUCUCUGAUGCAUGAAACCUGGCUUAAAAUAUGUACUCAUCUGGAAGAAACUUUAAACACAAGUGCCGAAUUGCUAUCGUUCGAGUUCCAAAUUAUGUAAUUACAUACCGUCUUGUAGCUUGGUAAUUAGACAGGUCUUGCUUUUUUUUUUUUUGUGGGAAUAACCUUAUGGCUUACUUUUCAAUGGGAGGCAUGGUAUGCAAAAUAGAUUCUUGAGAAGCGAGUAGUUCAUAAAAUGGUUAGUUGGUCAUCGAAUACAACAAAUUACUUUUCACGACUGAAGCACGUUCCGUAAUAGUUAUCACAUGUAUACCUCCGUCAGAAAAAAAGCUGCUCCCAUGUUUGUUAGUGUGCUUCUCUCUUAAAUCAGAAACUACAGAUCGAAGAUGGGCAAAUGGAAGUCUCUAGGAAUAGUGGCCCCGCAUUAAAACCGAUAAGUAGACACAAAAGUGUUUCACAUGUGCUUUAUGUAAAUGUCGAUCAUCUUGAACUUGUAAUUAACAAAUGCAAGACUAUUCGUUCAGUUUUGGUUCCGAAAAGUGUGGAU